UGGGUCAGGGCCCGCGGCUCCUGGGCGCCCGCGGGCGGGGACUGAUCGGCACUGUCGCGGUCGCGGCGGGUGGACUUCGCUCCCUGGGACACGUUCGGAACUCCGCGGCGAAGAGCGGCUUCUUGGGGCCGCGAUGGGCAAGCUCGGGACUCUUCUCCCGCUCUUUGCAGCCAGAAGAAUUUACCACGAGUCUGCACAGUUUUAAGAAGAAGGUCUUUAAAAAAUCCAAAGCCUGUGGAGUUUGCAAACAAAUCAUUGAUGGUCAAGGGCUUUCGUGCAGAGCCUGCAAGUAUUCCUGCCACAAGAAAUGUGAAGCCCAGGUGGUGAUUCCCUGCUGUGUGCAAAUCCACCUGGAACAGGCCCCAGGGAGCUCCGCACUGUCUUCUUCUCUGUGCUGUGAUAAGCCUUCUCGGCUUGCAGCCCUAAGCCCCACCAUGGAGGAUGGUCAUGAGCUGGACCUCACCUACAUCACAGAGCGCAUCAUUGCCGUGUCCUUCCCUGCUGGCUGCUCAGAAGAGUCUUACCUACUCAAUCUGCAGGAGGUCACUCGCAUGCUCAAGUCCAAGCAUGGCGACAACUACCUGGUAUUAAACCUUUCAGAAAAGAGAUAUGACCUUACAAAGCUUAACCCAAAGAUCAUGGAUGUGGGCUGGCCAGAGCUGCAUGCACCACCCCUUGACAAGAUAUGCACCAUAUGCAAGGCACAGGAGUCCUGGCUGAACAGCGACCCCCAGCAUGUGGUUGUCAUCCACUGCAGGGGCGGGAAAGGGCGCAUUGGAGUGGUCAUAUCAUCCUACAUGCACUUCACCAAUGUCUCGGCCAGUGCCGACCAGGCCCUCGACAGAUUUGCAAUGAAGAAGUUUUACGAUGACAAAGUUUCAGCUUUAAUGCAACCUUCCCAGAAACGGUACGUGCAGUUUCUCAGCGGGCUCCUGUCAGGGUCAGUGAAGAUGAAUGCCUCACCCCUGUUCCUGCAUUUCGUCAUCCUGCAUGGCACCCCUAAUUUUGACACUGGAGGAGUGUGCCGGCCCUUUCUGAAGCUCUACCAAGCCAUGCAGCCUGUGUAUACCUCGGGGAUCUACAAUGUUGGCCCAGAAAACCCCAGCAGGAUCUGCAUUGCCAUAGAGCCAGCCCAGCUGCUGAAGGGGGACAUCAUGGUAAAAUGCUACCACAAGAAGUACCGUUCGGCCACCCGCGAUGUCAUUUUCCGCCUGCAGUUUCACACUGGGGCCGUGCAGGGCUAUGGGCUUGUGUUUGGAAAGGAGGAUCUGGACAGUGCCUGCAAAGAUGACCGUUUUCCUGACUAUGGGAAGAUUGAGCUAGUCUUCUCGGCCACACCUGAGAAGAUCCAAGCAUGUGAGCAUCUGCACAACGACCACAGAGUAAUCGUGGACUAUAAUACAGCAGACCCGUUGAUCCGCUGGGACUCAUACGAGAACCUGAGUGCAGAUGGAGAAGUGCUGCACACGCAGGGCCCUGUUGACGGCAGCCUCUAUGCCAAGGUGAGGAAGAAGAGCUCCUCAGAUCCUGGCAUCCCUGGCAGCCCGCAGGCUGUGCCAACUGCCAGCAGCCCAGACCACAGUGACCACACCUUGUCCGUCAGCAGUGACUCAGGCCAUUCCACUGCUUCGGCCAGGACUGAUAAGACCGAGGAGCGCUCAGCCCCAGGAGUUCGGAGGGGCCUGAGUCCCCAGGAGAAGGCUGAGUUGGACCAGCUGCUCAGCGGUUUUGGCUUAGAAGAUUCCGGGAGCUCCCUCAAGGACAUGACUGAUGCUCGCAGCAAAUAUAGCGGGACACGCCAUGUGGUGCCUGCCCAAGUCCAUGUGAAUGGAGAUACCACCCUGAAGGACCGGGAAACAGAUAUUCUGGAUGAUGAGAUGCCCCACCAUGACCUGCACAGCGUGGACAGUCUGGGCACUCUCUCCUCCUCUGAAGGACCACAGUCAACCCACCUGGGUCCCUUCACCUGUCACAAGAGCAGCCAGAACUCCCUUCUGUCUGAUGGCUUUGGUAGCAAUGUUGGUGAAGAUCCGCAUGGUACCCUUGCUCCUGACCUGGGCCUUGGUGUGGAUGCCCUCUAUGAACGCGAGCGGACGUUUGGAAGCCGAGAGCCUAAGCAGCCACAGCCUCCACUGAGGAAACCCUCUGUGCCCACCCCUACGCAGGCUUAUGGGCCAAGCAGCUAUUCCACCCAGACCUGGGUUCGUCAGCAGCAGAUGGUGGCCGCUCAUCAGUACAGCUUUGCCCCCGAUGGGGAGGCCAGGCUAGGCAGCCAGGGUGCAGCAGACAGUUCCAGCCUUAACCAGACACAGCCCCGGCUUCCGGUCACCCCAACCCGUGGAACCAGUAGCAGAGUGGCCGUCCAGAGAGGCAUUGGCAAUGGGCCGAAUCCCCCUGACACACAGCAACCCUGUCCCAGCAAAGUAUUCCAGCCCAGGUUUCCAGAAGACAAGGUUGUGAAUGGGACCAGCCUGGACCUGAAUGCGGGCCCCUCCCCAGGCUCUCCCACCCUGGACAUAGACCAGUCUAUUGAGCAACUCAACAGGCUGAUCUUGGAACUGGACCCCACCUUUGAGCCCUACCCCACUCACAUUAACACCUUGAACAGCCUGGCCAAUGGCCCCACGUGUCCAGACGGCAUGGGAGGUGGGCUCCGGGCCAGCAGCAGGCUGCCUGACCCAGCCGAGGGCCCCAGUAGGAACACUGGGCGGCAAGGCCCCAUCAGUGAUGAUCCCCUGGGCGGAAGACUCCGGAAACGGAGCCUUGGACAGUAUGAUAAUGAUGCUGGGGGCCAGCUCUCCUUCUCCAAGUGUGGAUGGGGAAAGGCCGGCAUGGACUCAGCCACAAGCCUAGAGCCAUUUCCCUCUCCAGCAGACAUCAAAGAGACGAUGAUCACCGUAUAUCCCCCAGACCUCGACAUGAUCGAUGGUAGGAUUUUAAAUAGCAAGGAGUCUGCAUGUUCAACCCCAGCAUUUCCCGUGUCUCCAGAAACACCAUAUGUGAAAACAUCUCCACGCUACCCUCCAUUCAGCCCUCCUGAGCCCCAGACAAGCAGCCCGACCAGUCUGCACAAAGGAGGACGUGAACCACGAGGCUGCCCUGAGAUUCUCAGCCACACCGUGGGGAUGUCAGAGAGCCCCCUCGGACCCAAACCCACGAUGCUUAGGGCCGAUGUGCCCACAACACCCAGUUUCCAGCAGGCCUUUGCAUCUUCCUGUACUAUUUCAAGCAAUGGUCCUGGCCAGAGGAGAGAAAGCCAGCCUUCUGCAGAACGCCCAUGGGUGGAGAGCAGUCCCAAAUCCACUCUUUCCCUGCUGGGAAGCAAUCGGCCCUCUGGAAGUCCCCUUGGCACCAAUGAGUUCUCCAGCCCCGGAAAGGACUCCCCAGGCCUGUCCUGCUUCCCAUCCUCAGAGCUCCAGGCCUCUUUCCAUAGCCAUGAGCUGUCCAUGGUGGAGCCACAGGACUCUCUGGUCCCCACGAGCAGCCAGGCCUUCCUGGGCUUCAGCACCAACCCAGUAGGGAGUGGUCUUCCACCUGAUGAGGACCCAGGAGCUUUGCUGGCCAGUUCCCAUGGAGCAUCUCCAGCCCCUGGUCCCCCACUGACAACAGCAGGGCCUGCCGACAAUGGCUUCCUGUCCCACAAUUUUCUUACAGUGGCACCUGGACACGGCAGCCACCACAGUCCAGGCCUGCAGGGCCAAGGGGUGACCCUGCCUGGGCAGCCACCCCUCCCUGAGAAAAAGCGGGCCUCAGAGGGGGAUCGUUCUUUGGGAUCAGUUUCCCCCUCCUCUAGUGGUUUCUCCAGCCCACACAGUGGAAGCACCAUCAGCAUCCCCUUCCCAAAUGUCCUUCCAGACUUUUCCAAGCCUUCAGAAGGGGCCUCACCUUUGCCAGAUAGUCCAGGUGAUAAACUUGUGAUUGUGAAGUUUGUUCAAGACACUUCCAAAUUCUGGUACAAGGCAGAUAUUUCAAGAGAACAAGCCAUUACCAUGUUGAAGGACAAAGAGCCAGGAUCAUUCAUCGUUAGGGACAGUCACUCCUUUCGAGGAGCCUAUGGCCUGGCCAUGAAGGUUGCCACACCUCCUCCUUCAGUCUUGCAGAUGAACAAGAAAGCUGGAGAUUUGUCCAAUGAACUUGUUCGUCAUUUUUUGAUCGAGUGUACCCCGAAGGGAGUGCGGUUGAAAGGAUGCUCCAAUGAACCAUAUUUUGGGAGUCUGACAGCUUUGGUGUGCCAGCAUUCCAUCACACCCUUGGCCUUGCCCUGCAAGCUGCUCAUUCCAGAGAGAGAUCCAUUGGAGGAAAUAGCAGAAAGUUCUCCCCAAACAGCAGCCAAUUCAGCUGCUGAGCUGUUGAAGCAGGGAGCAGCCUGCAACGUGUGGUACUUGAACUCUGUGGAGAUGGAGUCCCUCACUGGCCACCAGGCAGUCCAGAAGGCCCUGAGCAUGACCCUGGUUCAGGAGCCUCCCCCAGUGUCCACGGUGGUGCACUUCAAAGUGUCUGCCCAGGGCAUUACCCUGACAGACAAUCAGAGGAAGCUCUUCUUCCGGAGGCAUUACCCCGUGAACAGCGUGAUUUUCUGUGCCUUGGACCCACAGGACAGGAAGUGGAUCAAAGAUGGCCCUUCCUCCAAAGUCUUUGGUUUCGUGGCCCGGAAGCAGGGCAGCGCCACAGACAAUGUGUGCCACCUGUUUGCAGAACAUGACCCUGAGCAACCCGCCAGCGCCAUUGUCAACUUUGUGUCAAAGGUCAUGAUUGGCUCCCCAAAGAAGAUCUGAGAGUCCCUCAUAACCCAGACCCACUGGAUGCCUCUCACAACCCUCAAGAGGGCAGUGGGGUCAGGUGGGGCCCCCAAUUUGUACCAAACUGAUACUUGUGGCAUUUUAGGCCCAGGAGGGGAAAGAGGAUCUUACAAACAGGAACAAACAACAUCACCGCACAUUGGCCUUUCUUGAAAGUAACUUCUUGUCCUACACAUCUCUGCAGCCGGGUGCUUUCUGGGUAUAAGGAGCUGGGCACAGGGCAUGCCUACCUUGGGUCCAGAAGGCUUGGUGGGCCGCAAAUUCCCAGCACAUCGGCAUCUGUGAGGAUGAGGAACGCCCAGCACUUCACUUAGCAGGGAAGCUGAAUGACCACAGCACCCUGCCAUCAGCAGAAGCACCCCUGCCCACGAAUGCCCAAGGCCAGUGGUCUCCCUCACUUUGGUCUUCCCACAGCAGAGAUGUUGACAAAACUGAGAAGGGGAUGCAUGUUUGAUGAAGGUUUGCGUAGGUCAGGCCCUUCUGGAACACAGCGGGGACAUGAAGGAGGCGACGGAGGUGUGGACUGUGAGGAUGAGGGCGGUGGAGGAGCAGGGGAUGUCAGACCCCACCCACAUGUGGUGACGACUCUACGCUCCUGCUUCCACAUGGCGAGCAGGCCGGGGAGGACCCUGAGGGGAGAAACAAGAAAACCGAAGCAAAAAAAUGCCAUUUCUAUGUAAUUUAUAUUUUACUUAUGCCAAAUUAUUUAUAACAGUUUGCCAUUGCUAUACUGUACCAGUGUCAAAUGCUGCAGCCGGCCAAGCUGUGACUUUUAGGAGGCUCAUCCUCCUGUGGGACACACCACAGGCCCCUGGGUCCUGAAAUAGAAGGUGAGCUGUGGACUCAGGGUCAUGCCCUCAAGUCCACCAUCUGUGGUGCUGCCAAAAGGUGGUCUUGCCCCAAACAGCCUACCCCUGCACUUACUCACCGUUAUAUCUCCCAAUGGGGGAUGAGCUCCUCUCUGACGGGGAAAGUCUGGGGCAGGGGUGUGGGGGUGGGAAACUCUGGGGUCAGUCUCAACAUUCCCUGCUUGGGCUUGCUAGGGGUCACCUUCAGGCCUGAGCUCAGCUAUUGUCAACUCACCACGUGCUCUCAGCAGCACCUUUGACUUCUUGGUAGGUUCCUGUGUGGCAUGACAUGCAGGGGCAGAAAGGAGGGAAAGCAUGAAUGCUAAUGCCUAGCGGCUGUUUUGGAUGCCACUUUGCUACAUCUUCUCAGCCACCCAAUUGGGUGUGACUUUCAAUGCUUAGAUGUGCAUUCCAGUGCAGUGCUUUCCCACCUGUGUCUGUCAGCCACCAGAGGUUAGAAGCUGAUGACCCUGGCACUUCCCUGAGCGUGAGAUGGAGCUGGGCCACGUGGCACAGACCUCCAUCUGCUUUCCUCAGAACCCGGUGUGGCCUGUGGGCACUCUGGUUGUCCCCAUUGUGACCCAUUCUGAAAUUCCUGUUCUUCUGUGCUUUCAAAAGUUCAGUCCUAGCUAGGAGUCCACACAGAUAUCACAGACGACAGUUAUCAAGCUGGGAUCUGGAAAUGUGAAUGGCGGAUUCUCUGUUUUAAAGUGAUAGAUAGAGGAAGAUGUAGCUACUAGCAGAGUUGGAACCACCUGAAUCAUGAUGAGCAUCAUUGUGUGUGUGUGUGUGUGUGUGUGUGUGUGUGUGUGUGAGAGAGAGAGAGAAAGAGAGAGAGAGAGAGAGAGCAAUUGGACCACUCCACUCUCAGCUCCUAUUGAUGCACCAAACACAAGUGCCUCUUUUCUGUGCCAAAUGUUUGCCUUGGUCUUCAGAGACCUCCUUCCCAGAAGCAUACUAACAUGGCUAUUACAGACGAUGUGCCAGCAUUACCCGGAGGCCCUGGUGUCUUCAGUGGAGACUCCAACAUUUCAGCUUUUCAUCCACUGCAGGAAUCCAGAUAAGGGGAGCUGAGGUUUGUGCUGUCCCAAAGAGGUUCCAUAUCCUGUAGUGGUUUAUACUCAUGUGUAACCUAAAGGGACAGAGAGCGAUUAGAAAUCAGAGUCCGACACUGUGCAGUAUUCAGAAGCACAACCUAUGGUUGAAUUACAAAGACACUGGGGCCUCCUGCAAAGGUCCUCCUGAAGCACAUGUAAGAAGCCUUGCAAAUUUUCUUUUUAAAGUGACUGACCAGUGUGUUUUUCAUUCAAGAUAAAUGUGUUCAAGGGCAUCAAGGAAUUUGCUUAAAGCAAAGAGCUUCCUUGGAGGAACCAGAGGAAGCCAGUUUCCAGUCUCCUAUGAGAUGGCGCAACAGGUUUCUUUCUUCCUCAUGUGUUUGAAACAAUGAAACGAGUCCCCAUCCACAGGCUGUACCGUGCACUCAGAAACAAGGGACAGGAGUAUUCUCCAGUCAUUUUGUUCCUGGGGCUCCAGUUGGGCACAGGCAUAUGGUCCUGGGAAUAAAUGCAGUGGAUUCAUAAUAGCGAUGCCCAACACUUAGGAUAACCAGGAUCCUUUAACCUACUCAUUAAACAUGGUAUUGUACUCCUCCAGUGUUAAGCUAUAACCGUGUUAAAAGUCACACUGCAUUUAUCCUCAGUGUCAAAGACCUUGUAAUGUCUCCUUAUCUGCCUUACCUGUUAGCGAGUAUUUUUACUUUUCCAAUAUUGUAAAGAAUAUAUAUCCAGUAUGUAAAUGAAUGUUCUAUAAAUCCUUUGUAUAGUCAUUUUCUCUGCUUUAAAUAUCAUCUCUAUUCAGAGUAUAAUAAAAAUUAUGAACUUGGUAA